AGAAUGCGCCUCUCAGUCAAAGAAACUGAUGGACUGUUAACGCAUCAAGCCGGCUUUCUAGCCCAGAAACGACUAGGGAGAGGUUUGCGCUUGAACCAUCCGGAAGCGACGGCUCUCCUAGCCUCUCAGAAUUCGCUCGCGACGGACUCACUCUGGCGGAAGUGACAGCCAAGGGCAGGCGUGUCCUGGGUCGUAAUCAUGUGCUACCCGGUGUUGCGUCGAUGAUCGAUGAACUUUCGAUCGAAGCCUGUUUUGACGACGGUACUAAACUGGUGUGUCUUCACCAUCCGAUUUGUGAAAAUUAUCUCCCGCUAGAAGCGGCGCUCUAUGGGAGUUUCGUAGAGCCGAUUUCUGACUUCGAUGAGCCAGACGAGACUGACGAUAUAACGCCAGGUGAGGUGCAGAGCGGGGAUGGCACCGUCACUCUUAACGAGAAUAGAGUGAAGCGUGAAUUCGGCGUGACGAGCACGUGCGAUAGGCCCAUUCAGAUUGGCUCCCAUUAUCCGUUCAUCGAAGCGAAUCCCGCCUUAAUCUUCGACAGAGCGAGGUCCUACGGAAUGCGACUGGACAUCGCUGCCGGCAUGUCGGUGCGUUUCGAACCAGGAGACACCAAGCGCGUUCGGCUCGUCGAGGUCGGUGGUCUCAGGAAAGUGUUUGGAGGCAACGGAUUCUGCGGCGGGAAACUCUGCGAUCAAAACCUGGAGAGAGCCAUGGCCAUGAUCAGGGAAAGAGGAUUCGGGAAUGCGAACGAUGAAGCUGCCGACGAAAUCAUCGACGUUCCUCUGGAGAUUAGCAGAUCCGACUACGCCGCGAACUACGGCCCGACUGUAGGCGAUCUGGUUCGUCUGGGCGACACAGAUCUGUACGUCGAGGUCGAGAAAGACAUGACAAGCUACGGGGACGAGGUCAAGUUCGGUGGCGGCAAGGUUAUCCGCGACGGCAUGGGUCAGUGUGUGGGUCGGUCGUGCGAUGAAACUCUGGAUCUCGUUUUGACCAAUGCUUUGAUCAUCGACGCAGUGCUCGGCAUCGUCAAGGCUGACAUCGGUAUCAAUGACUCUCGAAUCGUUGCAAUCGGAAAGGCCGGCAACCCGGACAUCAUGGACGGCGUUCAUCCGAAGUUGGUGAUCGGGGCCGGCACCGAGGUCAUUUCGGCCGAGGGCAAGAUCGUCACAGCCGGCGCGAUCGAUUGUCACACCCACUUCACCUGUCCGCAGUUAGUCGAGCAAGCCUUGCAUGGAGGGGUGACGACUUUGAUCGGAGGCGGGACGGGGCCCGCACAGGGCUCCAAAGCGACCACGUGCACGCCGGGGAUAAUCGGGAUGAGAAACAUUUUCGAGAGCUGUGAUGCGUUCCCGAUCAAUUUCGGAUUCACAGCGAAGGGAAAUUGCUCGUCUGACGAUCCAGAGAGGUUGGCCCCGGAACUCGAGGAACAGAUAAGAGCAGGAGCCAUGGGCAUGAAACUACACGAAGACUGGGGCUCAACACCGGCAGCCAUCGAUUCGUGCCUUCGGGUUGCGGAAAAGUAUGACGUUCAGGUGAUGAUUCACACCGACACUUUGAACGAGUCUGGUUGCGUGGAGAACACCCUGGAAGCGUUCAAAGGGCGCACCAUACACGCCUACCACGCUGAAGGUGCCGGAGGCGGGCACGCCCCCGAUAUCAUAACAGUCUGCGGCAUCCGGAACGUAAUCCCAUCCUCAACGAACCCGACCCUACCCUACACGAGGAAUACAAUGGAUGAGGUUAUGGAUAUGCUGCUCAUCUGCCACCAUCUCGACAAGUGGGUCGAAGCGAACGAUUCAAGUCGAACUCUAUCUUACCGCUCGAUUUCGGAGGGUAGCGCGAUUCAGGAUGAUCUCGAAUGGAAUGCUUGCAGAAACAUUCGAGAAGACUUGGCUUUCGCCGAAUCGCGCAUGCGUGCAGAAACCGUCGCAGCUGAAGAUGUUCUACACGAUCUCGGGGCUAUUUCGUGCUUCACUUCUGACUCACAUGCGAUGGGUCGCAUGGGCGAGACCGUGUCUCGGACGUGGCAGACAGCUCACAAAAUGAAGCAGCAUUUCGCAAGGCUGCCCGAAGAUUCGGAGGCGAACGAUAAUUUCCGAGUGAAGCGCUACAUUGCGAAGUACACCAUCAAUCCGGCGAUUGCUAAUGGAAUCAAAGAACAUGUCGGCAGCGUCGAGCAGGGUAAAUUCGCGGAUCUCGUCCUGUGGCAUCCGGCUUUCUUCGGCGUCAAGCCCGAAAUGGUCAUCAAAGGCGGACAAAUAAUAUUGGCGAACUCGGGAUCUGCGAAUGCCUCGAUCCCCACGGCUGAACCCUACGUGCUGAGAUCGAUGUUCGGCGCGUGCGGCUCAUCAGUCGGUCGGAACUCCCUGUUCUUCGUCUCGUCUGCUUCUAUUUCUCCCGAGAAUAAUAUCCAAGAGCGGUAUCGAGUCCGUCGUCAGAUGAUCCCUGUCAAGGGAAACCGCAGCAUCUCGAAAGCAGACAUGCUCUACAACGAUCACAUGCCAAGCAUAACAGUCGACCCCGAAACUUAUGAAGUUGCGAUCCUCGAUGCAAGCGGCGAGCGUCGCGUUUUAUGGUGCGAUCCCAUAGACACGGUUCCGCUGUCACGGCGAUAUUUUCUCUUUUGAAAACCUCUCGACGGAAAUUUCCUUCGAAAAUUAAACAUCCGGGCCACCACCUCAAUAAAGGCCGCUCAGCGUAAACACAAUGAUGUUCAUCAUUCCUGAGGCCCUUCAAAUCGAACACGGCUAACUGAUAAAUUAUACAUACAAGCAGUCUGAAACUCAAGCGAGGUUCCACGUGUCGUCUCAAAGAUCACAAUCCAAACGCUUAAGCUCUUUGGCGAGGUACUUUUCGGAGACGGGGUCAACGAGGAUCACGUCAUCAGAAUCGUCGUUUUUGACUUUCAUAUUGUACUUUUUACCAGCCGAGUUCGACAUGAUCAGCUCCGCGAACUUAUCUUGCCUGCGUAAUUGGCAAUUCGCGAGUUUCACCAAUUUCGCCGCUUGGGGAAUCAAGUGCGUCAUCAGCGGAAGUCGACGGCAGGCCGUUAUC